UUUUCCGUAAUUCGAUACGAAACAGGAUCAUAACGAUAUCGAGGGGUCAUGACAUCACCGGCCACAUAUCACACAUACGAGCCGGCAGACGAUCUCACACUAUCUCAUCUACACUGUUUACAAUCACGCAUUUAUAUUUGGACAUAGGCACAUAGCGCAUUCAUCUCAUUAACCUAACCAAAGAUGAAUUUUAAUUGCGCAUUAUGUCUUCUGUUUGCUUUAUUCUGCGGAACAAAUGGUUCGUCACCUCCCGAUGUAGUGGAACAUUGCAUCAACUACUACACUAGUGGAGAAAACUUCGACAUAAACGAUCUGCAAGGAGAACAUUACGCCGUGUAUUUCUGGCCGCCUAACCAGCGUCAAAGGGACGAUUGUGCAAUUGUUACUUACAAGAAAAUACUGCAGAAUGAAGUCUCAAAAGCUAGUGAGUGCAACGAUGAUCUACCAGACACUGGGCUCAUGCAAGGAACGUAUAUCAACGGCGCUGGAAGAAAAGUGACGCUUCUUGUUUACGGUGAAGAGGAAGUGAAGAAAUUAGUCCGUCCAUGUAAAAGUGCAUCAAAAUAUAUUUACAAGCGAAUCAAUCAUAAUUACGUGUUGGGAAUCAAUUGCUCGUCUAGUGGUCGCGGGAUGCUGUUGGCUAGGAAUCUGCCUACGUCUUCAGAAGUUCAAGAUGUAGUGAACGGAAUCGAAAUUAUGUCAGGGCGUGAUGGACAACCAGAUUGCAAUCUUAAAACGUAAUAAAAUGUAAAAAUCUGUGUUUCGUAUCGCUAAAUAAAUGAGUAUAUCCGAUUGA